UGCUCUGAUCACACAUACCAACAUAAUACAAAGUGACGUGUCUAUUAUAACACAGCGCCUUCCAUUGGAUCCCGACAAGCAGCACUAUAACCCGAACAAGUUUACAACAGUACGCCUGUUUAGAAAGUUUAUCUUUAGAGAUUGUGAUGAGCAGCAACAUGUUGGCGUUAGAACUCACGCUGAUGGGUUUCUUGUUGAACCUGAUGUCUGUAAACUGCGAACUCGAAUCGAUGCUAUCAUACUCUGAGAAAAUUAAGUACCCGAUAGAUGACCAGAAGACCAUUAUUGUUGAAGCCUUCGUUCCUCAGACUUCCCAAAACUUUAUGGUGAGCCUCUCUGACAAUGAAUAUUAUUCAGAGAAUAUACCUCUACAAGUUUACGUUGACUUUAACCAAAAUUAUGUGGAGAUAACCUACCAAAAGGACGGACUUUGGUCGGAUGAGAAAGAUAGAGUAGAAACAAUCCCAUUUGUCCGAGGGAAAGACUUUGAGUUCAAGAUAGCUCUAUUGAAUAAUUUGUUUAAGCUGUCCAUCAACGAAGUGUUUUUUAGAGAUUUUAAUCUCCAGAUGUCCAAAGAUCUAAUCCACUACAUACAUGUUGAUGGUAAUGUUGACAUCAAGAGGAUUUUCUACUCGCCAAAGGUGGUUCAACUUGAGGUAGACCCAGCUGGAGAAAUGAUCAUCGUCAAUGGAUUCCCAACUAAAAACACAGAAAGGUUCACAAUUUUCCUGACAUGUAGUUCUGGCUUGAACGCACAAAACUCAACAGUGGACAACAUACCUGAUAUAACUAUGGCUUUCGAUGUUCGAUUUACUGGGAAUGCUAUUGUCAUAAACCACAAGACUAAUAAUGAAUGGGGCAUGGAAGAAGUGUUCAAGAAUCACAAAUUUGAAGUCAAUAUUCCCUUUCAGCUGAAGAUUACAUUACUUCCAGGGUAUAUUGAGAUCGACCACAAAGGUGUACACAAGUACACUUACAAGCACAAAAUCGAGCAGAUCAAUUACUUUGGUUAUGGUGGAAAUGUUCAUGUCAGCGAUAUACUUACCACAUAGACAUCAGGAAGUCAUUUACCAAAGAGGUUAUUGAUUUAGUAGUUGCUCUGAUAAUAAUUACGAUAAGUGCCUUUUAAAUCCACUUCUAAAAAUAAGCAAUUUAGUUUUAAAAUAUGUAAUCCUUGAAAACAGUUUUUAAUUUCACCCUCAAAACUUUUGUAACUUUUAACUAAAUUUUCAUUUGUUUUGAAUUUAUUGCAAGAAUGACAUACUAUUAA